GCGGUGUUAGAUUACUAAAGGGGGGUUGUAUCAUAGGAACGCUGUUUCCAUAGCAACCAAUCCGCUGCAAACUCGGAGACUAGGUUGCUAUGGGCUAUCUGCGGUACUUCUGCUGCUUGUAGCACUGCUGUGUCUGCGGGUGUGGAGAGACAUACAUAGGACUGCCCUGUACUUCCUGUUUAUGUGUGUGUCAUGUGACUGAUUUCUGAGUCACUCAGCUAAUAUGCAGCUCUGACUUCACUGGCCCUGGAUCGUAUUAUGGUGCUGCAGCUUCUGGAUCAGUAGUUACAAGUACAGCAUACAUGAUUUGUGGAUAUUCCUUACACAAUAAUGCCUGUUCGCGGAUUGUGGAUCUUAAGCUGCCAAUCAGGAGAAUGUGGAUCAGUAAAAUUCUCUAGACGUUACCCUACUGUAGAGAAAAGAGCCAAAGGUUUUAAUAAGUCAAGCUAUGCAUCCAUUCCAGAGGAUGAAGUCCUUUUAAAAGCAUUGCUGUUUGAGGUCGGUUUAACAGGCGGUAGUGAAACCUUUGUGGAAUACAGGGAUAACUGUUCCAGAAUCACUAAAACCAACGUGCACUCGCUGACGGUUCCUGAUGGGAAACUUUGGCCCAUCCUUGCCAUUCCAGAUGGUGACUUAAUCUAUGUGUGCCUGCCUUUGGUAGAACAGUUACUGAUACCCACGCCACCACUUAUAAAUAUUAACAGUAUCUCCGAAGCAUUUGCUCUUUUGUACGGUAUCAUGCAGUUCAUCAACUCAAAACACAGCACAGAGGCAGAUCUAUCAUCAAAGAUGGCCCAACUGCCACUUCUAGUCACACGGGCCUGUCCGUUGGGUUCUCCCAUGGACACUAACUUUUCUGCCCUGCCAGAUAGUCUAAGCAGUAUCUCUAUAAACCAAUCCUAUAAAGCCCCGGCAUGGGGGACCAGCAAACAGAAGGGGAAAGCUCAAAUCGAAGUCUCCAUCACAGAGAAAGUCAACUCAACUCAGUAUGAUAAAGGUGAUGAUAGUGACACGUGGCAGGUGUAUGGGACAGUCUCUUGCAAGUGUAAUUUGGAAACAAUCAGCCAAAAUGUAAUCGUCGGCUUGAAUCUUCCUGCUAACGGCUCCCCUCUUCAGGAUAUUCUGGUACAUCCCUGUGUGACUUCCAUUGACUCUUCCAUGCUGAUCUCGAGCAGCGUGGCGGCUACUGAUGACUCGGCAUUCAAUGGGCCAUACAAAUUUCCAUUCAUUCCACCCUUUGAUUGGUUCCAAUUGUGCUACUACACAUCACAGGUGCCAGUGCCUCCAAUAUUGGGUUUCUAUCAGAUGACCGAAGAGGGGCACCAGGUACAGAUAUCGGUUAAACUGAAGCUUCAUGAGAGUAUCAGAAAUGUAUUCGAUUACUGUGAAGCUAAGAUUCCCUUUUUCAACAAAGGCCAGAUUAAGCAUUUUGAACACAAAGCUAGUCAUGGACAACUUGAAUUAUCAAAGGAGAAAAGUCGUCUGAUCUGGGUGAUAGGACAAAAGUUUCCAAAAUCUCUAGAAAUUUCUCUUACGGGAACUGUGACAUUCAACUCAGAACAGCAUCCCAAUGACCUUGUGGACUCAGUCUGCGUUGGGAAUACAGCCUAUGUUAAACUUUCUUUUAGAAUCCCAGACUACAGCCUCACAGGAUGUUACACGGACCAGCAUUCUGUCCAAGUCUUUUCAUCUGCAAAGCCAAAAAUUAUAACAUCUCGUGAAUUGAUCUCUUCAGAAUAUUAUAUCUGGAAUUCCAAAGCACCAGCGCCAGUUUUGUGCCGAUCAUUUUUUGAUUGAUUGUUCUUUGCUGUAUUUGUAAAUAACUAAACUGUCCAAUAAAAUACACUUUAUCUUGUA